AAUUUAUCCCACCAACGUCAAGUGUUUCAUUCCGGUAUCGACUGCCAUGAGUGCCGAGAUCGCGGCGCCGUUCGACGACUUGACCGAAGUGAUUCAUGCGAUGGGGUCGCCAGAGCGCGUCGUGGGUCGUGUCGCGCAGUCUGCCGAUAGCGAUGCUGUCGUUUCUCCGGUCCUGGUGCCUGUGGUCGACGAACCGGUUGUACCGCCGCCGCCUGCCCCUGCAGUGUCCAAGCUCACGAAGCCGACAUCGUCCGUGGCGACGAAACAACUUCGUAAACCAGUGGUGAAAAAGGAGGACUCCACUGAAGUCGUUGCUUCCAAAGUCAAGACAACCCCUGUCACAUCUCGACUUGCCCUCGGUGCAACCCGUCCGUCGUCCCGCUCGCACAAGACGAACCAACCCUCGGCAGAAGUCAAGCCGGCAUUCUUCCUCAUGCGACUUCCACGCGCCGUGUACUUGCCUCUCUUGUCUUAUUUUCCCAUUGACUCGCUCAAGAAUCUGUCUGCCGUGAGUCCCGAGAUGUAUCACCUGGUCAACUCGCACUACACACAUUGGGUAACCUCGCCGUCGUCGGACGCCGACCCCACGACGCAAAGCCUCCUAGCGGACGCCAUGAGCAAAGUCCAAGAUGCCCGUGUUGCCGCUCGCGACGCGCUCUCUAGUCUCGGAGACCUGGCCGUGUCGCUGAAGAUCGAGGAUCUGCGCGUUCUACGCACGUACCGCAACCCGCCACCCGCCGUGCUUCGUCUGUCCAAAGCGCUCGUUCAAGUGCUUCGAUUUGCACCCCCGAAAGGCGGCAUCGACGCGCGCGCGGCCGCUGGAGACUGGGGCGUCAUCAAGACGCUGUUUCUCGACCUGAAGAUCAUCGUGAAGGCACUGAAGACCGCCGUCGACACGCUGACGCUGCCACACCCACCACCGCUAUCCAUCUCCCGCACUCACUUGGAUGUGUUGGUCACGCUUGCGUACGGCCCCGAGCUGGAGGAAGCCAAGUUCAAUCGCAUAUGCGCCGCGUUGGUGCCAACCCUUACGGCGACGCGCAAGGUCGCAGCCGCGAUCAACGCAGAACUGCGGGCGCUCGAUGUGACGCAGCUGUACAAGCGGCAUGCCUCCGAUGCUGUAUCAGAAACCGACAUCGCCGCAGUCAUGGCCAAGCUGGUCACGCCUGUGCACGACGCCACGGCUCAGCCGGAAGCGAGUCCCGCGACGAGUCCCACCCAUGCCACAGCAAAGCCAAAGCCUUCAACAACAUCGCGACUUGUCCCCAAGUCCACGAUCGCGCUCAAGAGACCAGCUGUGGCCAUCGAAAUGCCCAAACCUGCGGUCGACAAGAGCUCGAGUGUUCCUCGCAAAGGCACCCCACGACCAGCUAGUGCCGUGCCUCGUCCUCGCCUCCAAGCAUCGACUGUCGCGGUAGAAGAUGCCGCAACGUCGUCGUCGAAUGCGUCGACGCCUCGUGCUGCCGCUCGAGGCGCGGUGGCGAAGAAGGUCGGUAUGGAGCACAGCAAGGGAACGCCUUCCAUCAAGAAAGCAGCCCCUGUCGACGCGGCAGCCACCGGUUCCGAGCCCCGAGUGAUCCCAAAGCGUACGCCGCUAUCUUCACGCGCGGUGCCGUCCAAGGCUGUCUCCGUGGUGGCAAAGCGCACGAGCUUGAGCGCAGACGCCACCAGUCGCGAAGGAACGAAGGCAACCGUGUCGCCCGCGUCGCCCGCAACGUCGAUGGCAUCGUUGCGCGCGGAUCUGGAAAAAGCGGUCAAGGACUUGCAGAGUCGAACAGAAGCUCUGGAAGCCCAAGGCGUCCAAGUCGCGGCGCUCGCGGACGCCAAGGCGGCAUUGGAGGACCAGCUCAAGCAGACACUGGACCAACUCGCGGAUGUCAAAAUCCAAUGGGAACUGAGCCAAAAGGAAGUGCAGACGCAGCAAGCGAUGCUUCUCGAGGUCAAAUGCGUGCAGGAAACGCUCCAGUUCCGCGUGAAUGAAAUGGCGACGGUGGACGCGGCGCGAUCGGCCGAGUUGGACGCGCUCGCGUUGGAAAAGGAACAGCUUUUGCUCGACGUGAAGGCUGCGCAGACCCAAGUCGCGCAAAGCGAGGCCGAGGCGGCGGAAAAGGCCAAGGCGCUGGCCGACGCCGAGGACCGCUAUGCCCAGCGCGAACUCGACUUGCGCGAGAGCCUUCUCAAGUCCGCCGAGAAGGACCGCGAAGCGCUCGUGGCGCAGAUGGCAUCAUUGAAGAGGGAGAUGGAGACUUUGCAAGCAGAGCACCAUCACGAGCUCGAGAUCAAGCAGCGGCGCCUCGAACAAGCCAUGGAGGAGAAGGAGCACCUCGGCGCGUCCGUCGCGCAGCAUCAUCGUUUCGUCACGGCAGUGCAAGCGGAGAAGGCCAACCUGGUGGCCACCUUGCAAGCAGCGCAGUCCAACACGUUCAGCCUCGGCCAGACCGUUGUGCAGCUCCAGGACGAGCUCGCGCGCGAAAAGAAGCGCGUGGCGGCCGCCGAACUCGCGUACGAGGAAUCGUUGCGGUGGCACGACGCCCAAGGUUCGCACCACCAACCCGACGCCGAGCCCAUCGCACUCGUCGACGUCGUCCCGUCCCAGCCUUGAUUGUACAAAGAGUUGGAGCCAUGUUGAAUGUGUUAUUCCGACGAUUUGGCUUUGCGAUGCCGGUCGACCGUCCGCGUCGACGACAGCUCGAACGAGGUCGAGUGGCACUCGGCAACGCAUCGAAACGUAUCGAUGGGGGUGCGAGGGGCGUGAAGGGAAGGUUGGUUGGGCACGUCGCAGUCGGCCGGCGACUGCAGAAAACAAAAGGCCUGCCACCAGCACGUGGAUGAGGAACGACAAAUGCCAGCGCGCCGCCGCGUACCCGAAAGUAAAACGGAAAUGUCUCGGCGGGCAUCGACCGCGUUGCCUUGCGCUUUUUUCGCAGGAGCGGCUGCAGUUUCCACACGUCGGGCAAAAACAUCCAUGUGCUUUUGCAGCCGCCGCCGUCGACCGACGUGCCAUUCUAACGCCGGCAACGCCUUGGAUGAGACACACGGUGGCGGCAAAUGCCGACGGGGCCCUACCUAGCACGGCACACGGCAUCGAGGGACACGACGUACCUCAAGUUGCGACGCAUCGUAGCCGUCUUGGCGAAAGGCGUGCCAUUCCCCCAGGCCGCGGAGAACGGGCGGCGUUUCCAUCGAACACCCGGGGGAGAUUUGUUCGAUGCGCCCGAUCACGUGGAUGUGGGGGAGCCAGACCGGGCUGUGGAGUUCGCAAUGAACCGGCGUGCGGCAGACACCGAUCGACGCAUGCUUCUUGCCUUGGAGCUUCAUGUCAUGAAAGUCGCCAUGCUCCGGGCAAAACGGAAAGCACUGCAAGUUCUUGC